AAUCUGCCGGGUGAAAGAAUAACAACAACAAAUAUUUCAUAUCUUUCAAAAGCGUGCUUUAUGAAAACAAAAACGAAUUUCAUAAAAUAAUACACACAAUUUAUUAUAGAAUUGCAAUUACAAAAGCUUGUUACAUUCUCUAUCAGCAGUUUUAUUAACCAAAACCAUAAGCAAGUAUGGCCGGCGUGUUAUUUGAGGAUAUUUUCAAUGUGAAAGACAUGGACCCGGAGGGCAAGAAAUUCGAUCGUGUGUCGCGACUGCAUUGUGAAUCUGAGUCCUUCAAAAUGGAUUUAAUACUAGAUAUCAACUCUUGGCUCUAUCCCAUGGAAUUGGGAGACAAAUUUCGCUUGGUGCUGGCUACAACACUGCGUGAGGACGGCUGCCCUGACAGCGGUGAAUUCAACCCACUGGAACAGGAGGGUACACGUGCAGAUAGUUUCGAGUAUGUUAUGUUCGGCAAGGUGUAUCGUAUAGAGGGUGAUGAGGCGCAUAAUGAGGCAUCGUCCCGCCUGUCAGCGUACGUAUCCUUUGGUGGAUUGCUAAUGCGCUUACAAGGUGAUGCCAACAAUUUGCACGGCUUUGAGGUGGACCAACAGAUGUACUUGCUGAUGAAAAAGUUGGCAUUCUGAUAUCGCGAGUGUAGUUGGACGAAAUUUUAUACUUGUGUGUAUUUAUAAAGUAGUUUUAAAUAAUAAACCGUAAUACUAUACAAAUAAAUGAAAA